AUGAUGUUAGAAGCAGAUGUUCUGAUGCGAAACAAUCAGGUAUGUCAGGGGAUUUAUCAAUGGAUUCCCUUUCCAUUAUUUCCCCACAAUGUCCAAAUUUCGCCAGUGACUUGGGGAUUGAUUGAGUAGUAGAAUAACUGAAUGAUUAAUACUUUUGAUUGAUUAAUCAAUAAGUUAUUAAUUGAUCAAUUGGUUUCGUUAAUGGAUCAAUCGAUUGAUUGAUUGACUGAUUGUGAUUGAUUGAUUGACUGUUUGACUGACUAACUGAUUGAUUGGCUGAUUGAUUGAUUUAUUGACUAAUUGAUUGAUUGACUGACUGACUAAAAGAUUUAUUGACGGAUUGACUGACUGAUCGAUAGAUUGACUGAUUGACUGACUGAUUGACUGAUUGAUUGAUUGAUUGAUUGAUUGAUUGACUAACUGAUUGAUUGACUAAUUGGUUGAUUGGUUGAUUGAUUGAUUGAUUGAUUGAUUGAUUGACUGACUGAUUGAUCGAUCGAUCGACUGAUUGAUUGAUCAAUUGGUCGAUCGGAUUGAUCGAUUGAUUUCGAUCACUAGAAGUGCGUUUGAUCAUUUGAUAUAUGUUAAUUUGCGCAAUACCAAAUAAAUAUUAUUAUUAUUAUUAUUGGGGAAUGAUUGAUUGGUUGUUUGAUUAACGAAUUGAACGAUCGAUCGAUCGAUUGAUUGAUUGAUUGAUUGAUUGAUUGAUUGAUUGAUUGAUUGAUAGACUGACCGAGUGACUGAUUGAUUGGUUGAUUGUCUCCAUUAGGUAAAUGGUACUCCAGUGAUGGCCCAUCCUCCGGCCGUGGACAGCAACCUCACACUGGCAGAUUUUCUAAAGCAAACAACAACCUCGUCAAAGGGCAUCAAGUUGGAUUUCAAGACAAUUGUGGUGGUCGAGCCGUCCCUAAAGAUGAUAGAGAACAUGACAUCCAGCAGGGAUGUCAAGAACCCGAUCUGGCUCAAUGCUGACAUACUACCUGGUCCAUGCUACGACAAGAUAUGCGUUCCGGUCGAUCAUUUUCGAUUUUUAUCUUUCUGCAAAAAAUACUUUCCCAAAGCAACUCUUUCCAUAAGCUGGACAACAGGCUACAAUAUGACAACGGCGGAAAACUACUACAAUUGGUCUCAAGUUAUUUCGAUGGGGAAGCUUGUGUCGCAAAUUUCUCAGCCAAUAACACUUCCUAUCCGUGCGGUUUUGGUAAAACGCUCCUGGGAACAGAUUCAUUGGUUGCUUGACUUAUCAGAAACCUUUACCAUAACUAUUUGGUCCUCAGUCUCUGACAAGGUAGACGUCCAAGACCUCGUUAGACUUAGAGGGAGUGUUUUGGACAAAAGAAGAGUCUUUUACGAUCUUCCACCAAGCCAAGAGAAGGCGUUCAAAGCAGCUUUAAAAUCCCCUGGGACUAAAUACAUCUCAAAUUCCGUAAACAGCUUCGGGUGGAGAGUCAUAGCGAGAAAGCAAUGUGAAGAUGUUCUUGUUGGUCGUAACAGCGUGAUGUUUUCGGGAAAGGGUGGUUUGGUGAUAUCGGACAAGAUUCUUUAUAAGAUCACUGCCUAUUAUUACCUAUUCGUAAAUGGCAUUUGUUCAUUUGUCAAGACUGAUGCGCCAAAUCACAAGAGGAGUGUUAUAAUACAAGUUCACGUUGAAAACGCCAAAAGCACGGUAACAAACAUAGGAAAGGCAAGUUCUUCGGGUGAUGGCAAGUUUGUAACGCUGGUUCUGCACAACAAUGGUGACUUCCAGUUUUCGAUAAAUGGCGGUGAUACCAAACUAGGAUCCGUUAAAAGCGACACUAAUAUGUUCAAAUUCUUGAUCACGGAGGGUUCACCUGAUGGUAAACGCAGAACAUUCAAGUGUUGGAUCACUGCGCAAGACAGCAAGAAGGAAGAAGCAUUCGUUUCCUUGGAAACAGAGAGCGAGCCAAUGGCAGGUCAUCUGUUGAUCAGUACUGGAGUACAAUCAGGAGCGGUCCUGGUGCAGAAGGUCGAGAUUCGGUUGGCAGCUAGUGAGACUUCUGGAGGCGGAAAAGGGCCCCAUUAUUUCCAUAAGUUUCUGUCUGUUUUGUGGGCAGUGGCAGCAACUACGCUAUAUUUGUAGAAAGGACGCGAUGCCAUCACAAACUUUGAAAACAAGCUACAGUCAAAUCCCCGCCUUACGGACACCUCAUUAUCACGGACAGUUUGUUUUGUCCCUGGGGAAAGAAAGUCCUUACAUUUUCUCUAAAUUCAACCCGCUUAAUACAAGCAC